AUGUCUAUCCCUCAAUCCAAUGAGGAACGCUUGAAAGCGAGGAAACCAUUGCCUACUCCUCAGCCUGCGUAUCUACCUACGGCCGGGUCGCCGUUGACAGUCAACCAAGACUUGUAUCAGUCGAUCCAGCAGAGUCCCAGGGAGCUUGUCGAGUCAUUUGUCUUGCCUAUCCGUUCGGGUCGUGCGUGGAAGGCUCCAGCCAAGAGUAUCAUCAGAAUCAGCACGCCCGAGGGGCCUCAAGUUGGGGAUCUGAACAUCUGGAGUGCGAAUAACCCUCGUGAGAGGUUCUGGGCCUCCCGCACAAAACAGCUCCACUCAUCACACGUUACAACAUAUGAUCGUCUCUGGUCCUGCCUACCGUAUAUGCGGCCAUUGUGCACCAUCAUCGCUGAUUCCCUCUCCUGGUAUGGAGUUGAUGAGACUGGAGGCAGAGUCCACGACCUCCUUGGCACCAGAUGCGACCCUUAUAUCAAUACCCUGCUCUCGGGACCUGAGGCGUCGUACGACUAUCACUGUCACUCCAACCUCACAAGAGCUGUCUUGCCUUUCGGUCUUAACGAGUCAGAUGUUCACGAUGUUAUCAACUUGUUCCAGGUAACCGGCCUGGAUUCGCAGGGGAGAUACUUCAUGAAUCCGUGCCCUGCUCAACCGGGCGACUACAUCGAAUUUUUUGCCGAACAGGAUCUCCUGAUGGCUCUGUCAACUUGCCCAGGCGGGGAUCUGUCCUUGUGGGGGUUCGGGAGUGACAGCGAGAAGGAAAUGAUCAAAUGUUGUAGACCACUCAAGGUCGAGGUUUUCAGACUGGUUGAGGAAAGCCAGAUCUUGACUGGGAAGUGGGAAGUAGCUCGACGUCCAGAUUACCGGGGUAUCCAUGGGAUGCAAGUGCCAGAAGGCGAAGUGAGAACAUAG